UUCCUAAUUUUCUUUGCCUGCUCCAUCUCUCUAUUACUCUGUGUGAGAAUAAGAAGAAGAAGGAGAAGAAAAUGGCUCGACAAAGGCUCCAGAACUACCUUGACACCUUGAAGAACGAGGGUAUCAUGGAUGGAGAGUAUGAGGAGACCCGGAAAGUGCAGAGCGGAACAAAUCCUCCAAAUUUCAUGAUGGAUCUCAUUAACUCUUUCUUGCGCGACGGUGACAACAGCAUGAGAGAUCUGGCCGACCUUCUGAAUGCUAGGAACGUGGAUUUUACUAAAGUCACUACUGCUGCUCAUCUGAUCAAAGGAGGUGGCAACAGCCUUGGCGGUUGCCGGGUGGUUGCAGCAGCUUGUGCCCUUAUAAGUGCUAGCCUCGAUCAGGACAAGCAAAGGUGCGUGACAUCGCAUGAAUGGGUGGUGAAUGAGUAUUACCAUUUUCGUGACAAACUCGGAACGUUAUAUCAGCGGUAUUCCAUUAGCAGUGCCCUUAUUUUGGUUGAACUAGUUGAGGAUGGAUCUUCUCCCAGUGGUAAUGGAUUGAGAAACUGA